GACAAAUGCAAAGUUCCUAGAGUACGCCACCCCUAAAUGGGGAAACCUGUAAUGAAAUGAAAUGAGAUAGUGCUGGGUUUUUGUGCAGGAUACUGUGUCAUGCUGAGAAACUGUGGGAAUCCCUCUUACUCAAGACAACAUAUCAUAUGAGAAGCUCUGUUAUUACAAACAGUUAUUAUAUAAAAGAUCUACUCUAAUUAACUUUAAUACAACAAGUUUUUUUAAAGUCAGGAAUGGAAGGCACCAUUAAACCUCCAGGUCCAUUAUCCAACAAGGGAAAUAUGGCUGAAAAUUGGAUGAGAUGGAAGAAAGAUUUUAUGAUCUUCUUGGAACUUAGUAACUUCAUUGAUAAAUCCCAAGAUAUAAAAGCUUACCUUCUGAGAAACUACAUAGGAGAAGUUGGUCUAAAUGUUAUACAGAAAAUAAAUGUAGCAGAUAGAGAUAAUAUAUAUGCAUUACUGGCAAAGCUUGAUACAUUCUUUAAUCCUGUAAAUGAAGUUGAGGCUAGAUAUAACUUUUUUACUAGGCAUAAACAAAGAAAUGAAUCUAUUGAAGCUUAUAUUACUGACUUAAAAAGGAAGGCAGAAACUUGUAAUUUUGGGAAGUUGACAGACAGUUUAAUUAGAGAUAAAGUAGUUGCUGAUUUAAACGAUAAAGUACUCAGGAAAAAGUUGUUUGAAGUACAAAAUCUUGAUUUGCCAAAAUUAGUGUCAAUGUGCAACGAACAUAAUGUUGUUAUAACACAAAAACAACAAGCUUCCUCAGAAGAUACUAAGCAGAAAAAAGGAGACUCCUGCUGUUGGAGAUGUAAACAAAAACAUCCUUUCAAUCGUUGUCCCGCUUGGAAUUUCAAAUGUGCACAUUGUAAUGAACUUCAUCACUUCAAUUACUGUUGUCCAAGAAACAAUCCUUCAAAUAAGAAAAGACAGGAAACAAAUAAAUGCAACCUUCCUACUGCACCAUUACCCUCUAACCGUGACCGAGUUUAUCCGGAUUUAAGAUACGUUGAUACACCCGAACAUUCGAAUGAAAGUUACCAGCAAAAUGCAACAUUGCCUAUAAAUGGACAGAGAAGUACGCAAACAGCAAACGCAAAUCCCAAUUUUAAAGAGGGGGUUGCAGUAGAAAACUCGUGUAUACUCUCAUAGAAGUAUUAUACGGCAAUCAAAUUUUUAUCAGUAUAUGCGACAACAUAACUUUUUUAUUAUAAAUAUAUGAUAUCUUAAUAUAUUAAAUAUAAAAGCGUAAGGGAACAGAAUUGCAUUAGUAAAUAAAUAAAAUGUGUAUAGAAAUAACUAUGUAUUGUAUACAACAUCGAAUAAAUUCCAAUUUUGACAUUUAACGUUAUUACAGUAAUCCGUAAGUUAAAUGCAAUAAUUUUUAUAAACCUUGGAAAAGAAACAAAUGGCACAUUAAAUAUUCACUACAUACAUUGUUUUUUUUAUCAACGGUAAAAUUUAAAGAGCGAACUAAAACUAUAUGUGUAUAAUUAUAAUGUUCCAUUCAUUAUUAAUAAAAAGAACAAAAAAGUGA